AUGACAGAUAAGAUUGCCGCUGCGAUGCAGCAAGUUAAAAUAAAUAUGAAUGGUAUAGAUCCAGAAGGAGACCUUGAUGCUUGGGCUGAGAGCGAUUUUUCAGAUAAGCCUCGUAGCCGCAAAGUGCAGCUGGCCGACGACCUCAAAGCAGAGCUAGAGAGAGAUUUCUUAAUCCCAUCUCCACGAUUUAAUACUCACUGGCUUAAUAAACUUCAAAAGCGAUGGGAGUUUUCGGCGGAUUACUCGCAUCUUUUUGAACUUGCACCAACUCAAAGUCGGACUAUAAUCCGGUUUAACCGUGAGGGGUUGGAGGGGCGAGUUACUGGAUACCAUGAAGUCACUGUUCCAGCUGGGAGUGCUACGGCAAAGAAUUCCACCUCAUUACGAAGAAAGCCUGCCAGUCGUGCGGAUUUUGUGAGAGGAGCUGCAGGAUUUUAUCCAUUUGUACCUGGUGGCCUUGAAGCAGUGGAUGCUAUUUCUGCGCUUGAUGCCGAAGGCGAAAUAGAAGAAGACCUAAUGCUGGAAAAUACCACCACGAAGCCGUCGGGACUGGAUAGGAUUAUCAACUUUGGCUCUCAGGGUGGUUUAUUGGAAAUUCCCCCUGGUUUCACUCGUGGGCUAAAGUUUGAAACGGAAGCGGGUGAAGAGGCACAAAAGGAUGCAAAGGAAGUCCGUGAAGUACUUGACCGUGAUGAAGACACUGCCCUUGAUUCAUUAUCAAGCCCUGAAAUCCCAGAAACCGCGGGAAAAUAUGGUGUCGACGAGAAUGAUGAAGAAUCGUCGAGCGGAGAUGAAGAGGAUAUCGACUCUCUGCUGCCGGUAGAAUAUCCUGCUUUGGAACCCAGAGGGCAGCUUAUUCAGUCCUCAUUGAAAAAGGCUCGCAAGGAAUGGGCUCAUGUGGUGGACGUGAACAAAGAAAUAACCAAUUUCUACGAGCUAGUACCAGAUAUGGCCCGAGAGUAUCCAUUCGAGCUGGACACUUUUCAAAAGGAAGCCGUAUAUCAUUUGGAAAAUGGGGAUUCUGUCUUCGUCGCUGCUCACACAUCUGCUGGAAAGACAGUCGUGGCAGAAUACGCGAUUGCUUUAGCUAAUAAGCAUAUGACGAAGGCGAUAUAUACGUCUCCGAUAAAGGCACUCAGUAACCAGAAAUUCCGCGACUUCCGGAGCACUUUCGACGACGUUGGAAUCUUGACUGGAGACAUACAGAUUAACCCCGAGGCAAGCUGUCUGAUCAUGACGACAGAAAUUCUACGGAGUAUGCUCUACCGAGGCGCGGAUCUAAUACGAGACGUGGAGUAUGUCAUCUUCGAUGAAGUUCACUAUGUUAAUGAUUUGGAAAGAGGAGUGGUAUGGGAAGAGGUUAUCAUUAUGCUACCUGAACACGUUAGCCUCAUAUUGCUAUCUGCCACGGUCCCAAAUACGUAUGAGUUCGCCUCAUGGGUGGGACGCACAAAGAAGAAAGAUAUUUAUGUCAUUUCUACUCCCAAGCGUCCAGUGCCACUCGAACAUUACUUAUGGGCUGGAAAAUCUAUACAUAAGGUAGUAGAUGCGGACAAAAGGUUCAUUGAAAAAGGGUGGAAAGAGGCCGAUGACAUUCUCUCUGGCCGUGAUAAAAUAAAGGCACAAAAAGCAGCGGAGGCUCAAGGGGCCGCCCGGGGAGGGAAGCAGCCUGAGAGAGGGCGCGGCCAAGGCCAACGCGGAAACGGACAGCGCGGUACAGGACAGCGCGGUGGUUCGCAACAAAGGGGACGAGGACAGCCAUCAGCUCGAGGAGUUGGAAAUAUUGCCAGGACAGGACGUGGUGGUGGCCGGACUUCUGCCGCUCAGGACCGAAAUGUAUGGGUACAUCUCGUGCAGUAUCUACGAAAACACGAAAUGCUCCCUGCUUGCAUUUUCGUGUUUUCUAAAAAGCGAUGUGGAGAGAAUGCGGAUUCUCUUUCCAACCAGGAUUUUUGCACUGCGUCUGAUAAAAGUGCGAUCCAUAUGAUAGUAGAAAAAUCGCUUACCCGGCUUAGGAUUGAGGACAGAGAUCUCCCUCAAAUUCGCAAGGUGCGGGAACUUCUUAGCCGCGGUGUCGGCGUGCAUCAUGGAGGACUUCUUCCGAUUGUAAAGGAGAUUGUCGAAAUACUCUUUGCGAAGGGGCUUGUCAAGAUUCUCUUUGCAACAGAAACAUUCGCCAUGGGUUUGAACUUGCCUACUCGUACAGUGGUUUUCUCUGGAUAUCGGAAACACGAUGGCAGAGCGUUCCGUGACCUUCUUGCCGGUGAAUAUACCCAAAUGGCUGGCAGAGCUGGCCGUCGUGGACUUGACACUGUUGGGUCAGUAAUCAUAGUCACGUCUGGUCGCGAUGAGGCUCCUCCCAUUACCGCGUUAAGGAAAAUGGUCCUUGGGGAUCCCACAAAGCUACGAUCCCAAUUCCGGCUUACAUAUAAUAUGAUGCUAAAUCUUCUACGAGUCGAGGCAUUGAAGAUCGAGGAGAUGAUCAAGCGAAGUUUUAGCGAGAACGCCACUCAAGCACUCCUCCCAGAGCACCAGAAACAGGUACAAUUGUCUGAAGCAAGUUUAGAAAAGAUAAAACGAGAGCCAUGCGCGAUAUGCGAUAUUGAUUUAGCAGCCUGCCACCAGGCAGGUGUCGAAUAUGAACGUUUAACGUUUCAGCUGCAUACCUUGCUCAUGGCUUCUCCGGCCGGGAAGCGCAUGUUUGCUGCAAAGCAGCUAAUCGUGUUUAGAAAGAAUGGUGUGAGAACAGCAGGAAUUCUGACAAAAGAAGGAUUGAGUGGUGGUCCCGUAACUGGCUUGAAUGUUUUCGAAAUCGGCCCAUUGGACCCUAGGCGACAUCCAAGCGAUAUACUUCCGUACAUGCCUGAGUUCAGACAGAACUUUCACCCAUUGCCGUCGUCUCCGCAGGAUAUGAUAUUGAGGAGCUGCAAGGUACCACUCGCCAAUCUUGAAUGCGUAACGGCCACAACCGCGAAACUUGGGGGCCCAACUUGGUAUUUAAACAUCAAGAAAGAGGCAUUGAAAGUGGCUGGGAAGGAGUUUUCGAAGUAUGCCUUAUCGUGGAAGGAUAAAUCCUGGGACGAGCUUGACUGGGGAAAAGUCAAGGAUAUGCCGGUUAGGGAGGUCUUGGACCAACGGUCACAGCAGGCCAAGCUUGCACAAUCCUGUGCAUGUCUGCAAUGUCCACAGUUUUUGAAACAUUUUGAAAUGCAACAUGACGAAUGGCAAGUGAAGGAGAAUAUCUCGCAGCUUAAGCAGCUGAUGUCAGAUCAGAACCUCCAGCUGCUGCCUGAUUAUGAGCAACGAAUCCAGGUCCUGAAGGAUCUGGGAUUCGUCGAUGAGGCCUGUAGGGUUCAGCUCAAAGGAAAAGUUGCCUGUGAAAUCCACUCGGCCGACGAACUCGUUCUCACCGAGCUCAUUCUCGAAAACGUCCUGGCGGACUACGAGCCAGAGGAAAUCGUCGCUCUCCUGUCUGCGUUUGUCUUCCAAGAGAAAACCGAAAACGAGCCAACGUUAACGCCGCGCCUGGAGGUCGGCAAGGAGGCGAUAAUCGCGAUCUCCAACCGGGUCAACGACCUCCAGAUCCAGCACCAGGUCGUGCUCUCGUCGGACGACGCAAACGACUUCGCGAGCAAACCACGGUUCAACCUGAUGGAAGUCGUGUACGAGUGGGCGCGAGGGAUGACGUUCAACCGCAUCACGGACCUCACGGACGUGAUGGAGGGCACUAUCGUGCGGGUAAUUAGUCGAUUGGACGAGACCUGCCGCGAGGUCAAGAACGCCGCCAAGCUGGUUGGAGAUCCAUCCCUGUACAACAAGAUGCAGCAGGCGCAGGAGAUGAUCAAGCGAGACGUUAUCUUCGCCGCCUCGCUCUACCUCUAA